UUCAACAAAACCAAACGAUAAACUCUAUUUUAGUCUUAAGCUGCUUAUCUAAAAAUCCUGGGCCACAAAAAAACAUUUAUUAUCCGUGAAAAGAUUUGCAGUUGAAACCAAUUAAAACUUUAUUGAGCUGAUUAGCAAGAGUGAAACCUUCCUCAUUAAUAUAUAGGCUUUUUCUAAACGCACGCACCCCAACCAAUAGACAAGUUUAGUGGCUCUACUAAAAUUUGUCGCUAACAUUGUAAAAAAGGGGCGUUAGAAUUUUAAAACUAUUAAUGAAAAAUUAUUCCGAUGACAACUCGGAUGUUACUUGUCCUGCGUGUUCAAAAAGAUUGAAACUAUCUCAAAUAAAUAGACAUCUUGAUCUUGGUUGUGGCACUUUGGCCCCCUCUGAACUAUGCUCAACUAAUAGCAAAACCCUAAGAGACUUUGCAAACAGAAAACAAAUAAAAAUAAAAGUUUACAACGAAAAAAGUUCAUACAAGGUUGCUCAGAACUCCUUGCGGAAUAAUAUUGUUAACAGUGGGUAUGACUUGGACAAAAUACCUGAGGCAAUCAAAGGAAGUAUUGCCGACAAUGCUAAUAUUAACAAUACUAAUAAUUUAGAUAACUUCAAAAAUGUCAAUAACCUUAAUUAUGUAGGCCAAGAGAACUUGGUAAAGACUUUAACAAAGCUUGUAAGUUUAGAAAAUUCUCAACUACCUUCCAUAAUUUUGUGGGGGCCUCCUGGCGUCGGAAAGACAACUAUAGCACGACUGCUUCCUAGAAUUUUUAAUUACCAUUUUUGGGCUUUUAAUCCGAUUGAAGAAGGAGUAAACGAAAUCCGUAAAGGUUUAUUAAAAGCUAAAAAUUUAAAAAACCUUUCAAGAAGAAGUACCAUCUUGUUUAUUGAUGAAAUUCAUAGAUUUAACAAAGCUCAACAAGAUUCUCUUUUGGCUUCUGUGGAAUCGGGAGAAAUUAUUUUAGUGGGAGCAACCACCGAGUGCCCGUCUUUCCGAAUAAACUCCGCUUUACUAAGCCGAUGCCGAGUUUUUACCUUAGAAAAACUAAAUAAUGAAGAGUUAAUAUGUAUAAUAAAGCGAGCGGUACAGUUGGAGUCUGAAGAUCUUGCUGACGGCUUACUCCCAAUUCAAAUUGAUGACAAGGCUUUAGAAUUUAUAGCCUUUCAGGGUGAUGGCGAUGCUCGGGCCUCCUUGAAUAUGCUGGAACUUGCAAAAACGCUCGUAGAAACGAAGACUUCAAUUGAAAACCCAAAAAUUAUUACUAUUGAACUCGUAAAAGAAGCCAUUCAGAAAGCACAUCUUCUCUAUGAUUCCCACGGCGAGGAACACUACAAUUGCAUUUCUGCUUUGCACAAAUCCGUGCGAGGCUCAGAUGCCAACGCAAGUCUGUACUGGCUAGCAAGGAUGUUGGAAGCUGGCGAAGAUCCGUUGUACAUUGCAAGGAGACUUUUACGAAUGGCGACCGAAGAUGUCGGUUUAGCUGAUAAUCAAGCGCUUGUGCUCGCCAGCAGCACUUAUCAAGCUGUGCAGAUGGUGGGGAUGCCCGAGUGCAAAGUUAUGCUAGCGCACUGCGUUGUUUAUCUUUCCAGAGCUCCAAAAUCUGUGGAGGUGUAUAAGGCAUACGAGAAGGCGGCGGACUUUGUUAGAAACUGUCCAUGCCCGCCCGUCCCACUGCACUUAAGAAAUGCUCCUACCGAACUUCAUAAAAGUAUCGGCUGCAGUAAAGAUUAUCUGUACAAUCCGGAUUAUCCAGAGGAACUGUGCAAAUCACAAAUAUACUUACCCGAAUCUUUGCAAAAUAUCAACUUUUUCGCUUGA